CAGGCACCGCCCCGGGGCCGAGCCGGGCCGGGCCGGGUCGGGCCGAGCGGCGGGCAGCCAGGUGCUGGUGCCAUGCAGUCCCUCGCCCAGGAGAUCCGGAGCUUCUCCAGGGCCAACCUGCGGCAGCAGCGCACGCGGGUGACGACGCUGACGGGCAGGCGGCUGGUCGAGACGUGGCGGGGCGCCUGCCUGCAGGUGUCCGAGGAGGAGGAGGCGCUGCCGGGCGGCGGCUUCGUGCGGGACCUGAGCUGCGACCUGCAGGUCGGCGCCGUGCGGCCGUGGCUGCUGCUGGGGUCGCAGGACGCCGCUCACGAUCUGGACACCCUCACCAAGCACGAGGUUACGCAUAUUCUAAAUGUGGCAUAUGGAGUCCAAAAUGCCUUCGUUAAUGACUUUAUAUACAAGACCAUUUCUAUUCUGGACAUCCCAGAAACUGAUAUCACCUCCUAUUUCCCAGAAUGUUUUGAGUUUAUUGAGAAGGCCAAGAUCCAGGAUGGUGUGGUGCUGGUCCACUGUAAUGCAGGAGUCUCUCGUGCAGCAGCAAUAGUCAUUGGUUUUCUGAUGAAUUCAGAAAGACUGAGUUUUGCUAGAGCCUAUUCCUUGGUGAAAAGUGCAAGGCCUGCUGUUUGUCCAAAUCCUGGCUUCAUGGAGCAGCUUCACAAGUACGAAGAACAGAAUAUAAAGGCAAAUGGAAGCAUAGAUGAUCACGACUGAUCAAAAGGGUGAAGUGAAACAAUCUGUUCUGACUAUACAGUACCAGAUGCUGGUUGUACUUUAAUCUCUCGUUUUGCAGUCCCCUUUCACAGGUGCAUUUUAAACUCUUUAUGUUUUUUUUUCCCCUGUGUUCACCCUUCUGUCCCCAUUUUUCAGCAUCUAGUCUAAAGGCCAUAUGGUACUACACAGAUUUGAUAGAUGAUUUAGCCCAAGAGCAAGCUUUUCCUAGAGCAAGGAUAAAAGAUAAUUCUUCCUUGCAAUAGUAGAAUAAAGAGAUUUUUUUUAAAUAAUUUUUAAUGAACCAUCAGAGAAUGUAGGCAGUAGAGAAAGGAAAUAAAAUCUUAACUGAGAUAAUAAAGUUGCCCUAUUUUCUUUAAUGCUAAACCAAAUCUUUAUCCAUCCUAGCUGGUUGUAAAAUCUAGAUAAUAAGAUGUUCAUAUAAUAAAGUACCUUGCUAUUGGAUCUUAAAUUGAUAGUGCAACUAAAAAGGAUUUUAUUACUUUUUGUGGGCUAGCCAGCCAUUAAAUAUUUUUAGAAAUUAAAACAGAUGGUCUUUUGAUAGAAGUAAAAAGGUGUAGGAUGCUUUAAUGCUUCAUUUCUUUCUACUAUUUCCCAUCAAGCAGUGACUUGAAGUGCACUAAUAUGAUGUUUGUGAAGUGGUGGGAACCAAGCUAUCAGUUGUUUUUUUUUUUUUUUUGGUAAUUACUUCAGUGGAGAUAUGAAGAACAUUUAUAUCUCCCUGCUACUGCCUGGUCUUUGCGUUCAGUCCUCCACUGCUGUCCCCUCACUCUAUUGCACGUCACAUAUAAAGAACAGACAACAUAGGAUAGAUGGCAUUGGUUUAUUUUUCUUCUUACCAUCCUGACAGAUCUCAGGCUGGAAAAAGCGUCUUAAGUUGAUGUGUGUGAAAAAAAACAACCACAAAACCACACCACAGAAUCUGUUAAAAAAAAGAUGUUAUUAAUAGCUGUAUUUUUGUGGCCUUCACGCCAGUUCUAAAUGGUUGGAUAUGUUGAUAUACAA